AUGGAUAUUCAGGUUCAUGAUAGUAAAACUGUAUGUCAGUCUCUGAAAAGGAAUAUUCAGCUGUUAGAAUCGACUUCUGGAUGCUUUACCUGUUUCACAUGUAUGCAUGAUAGGAGAACAGGUAGUGGCGACUUAAAUGUUUCUCUAAAAUCUGGAGCAUGUACCUCCGACCCAGAAAUCUUCAAUGCUCAUUUAAAUGAUUACCACGCAAAUAUUAAAUCACACUUAUGUCUCUACUGUAAUUCCAAAAUUCAACGGUCCAGCCUAGUAAUUCACAUUUCCCAACACUUGAUAAAUGGUGCAUCUUCGAACGCCUUCAGGAUUUUCUCUUGUCCCAUAGAGAAUACAUGUUCUGAUAAAUUUCGUACCAAUCAAUUCCAACAUAUGCAAAUUCACUGGGAAACUCAACAUCGUGACUCAAUGUCAACUCCAGUCAAGUUACAAUGUAAUCAAUGCAUGGAUGAUUUUCCUACUUUAGUAGAGUGGGGAAAACAUAUAAAAUCUUAUUCUCGAUCUCUGGUGCAUUGUACUUUCCCAGGAUGUUUUGUGAAGUCACCAUCGAGAACACUUCUUUUAGAUCACAUAAAACUAAAGCACCCCAAAUCUCUACACCCGUUAGUUCAGGUGACUUCCGAGUUAAUUUGUGGUCAUGUGAACAAGACAGAUAGUGGCUCAAAGUCUUACAGUACUUCAUUAUCUACAGAUGAUCACCUUCCUAUUGUGAACAGAUUAUGUACAGAUCUGUCUCCACCAUUCGUCUUUCUCCUUCGUUGCCCUUAUUGUGAUCUAACAACUGUUCGAUGGAACUACUUUUUGAUGCACCCAGCUGCAUGUCCUGGUAUAAAAAAUUUUGCCCGAAAUCGUCGACAAGAAUCCGGAAGUCUAUCACCUAUGGUUUACCGUUGUCACAUCUAUUGGUGCUCGAAAUGUCAAGUAGUAUCUACGGAACACAAACUUUUAACGGAACAUGUAACUUAUUCCCACAAUCCCAAGGAAGCAUCUGUUUAUCGGGAACAUUUACGUGUCUCCUUAUUGGAUGAUAACUCAGAACCAAUAACAACGGAUUUAUCGUUUAAGUCUGAGCAGCAUUUCGAAUUCUCUAGAGAUGCAGAUGAUUUAAUUCCUUUUUCUAUAACUCAUGAAAAUGGUGAUGUAGAUACAGAAUCACCCAUGAACCUUGCUGCCUUGGCGCAACCUAGUGCAUCAAAAUUAACCAGUUUAACUAGUCGAGUUCAGCAAACGCCAUUAAACAAUGUUCCAACAGGAUCUCCUAGUAAAUCUUCAUCCAGCAACAAUAGCAUGAUAGUUAGUAGCAGUUUAACUAGUCUUCCAGUUAAUCCGCCUAUGAAUAUAAUAAACAGUGCAGAUGCUUUAAAAACCCUUCGAAGUUUUGCUACUGGACAAAAUGUUGGAAGCCUCACUGCUUGUGAUGCAGCCUCCGCCGUCGCUGCCAUGGCUGCAGCGGCCCUGUCGGGUUUCACAAACUUCAACAUAAAUAAUACUGUUUCAAAUUCAGGUAGUUCGUUUCCGUCAUCAUUGCCGUGUGAUAUUUCGUCUCCUGUUCCUAUUCAGCCGAAAUCCAGUGAUCUACCAGCGGAAAGCAUAGAUCCAGUGGAGGGCAAAGAAGAUCUAGAUGACAACGACGCAGAGGAUUCAAAAUGUACUGAUUCACUGGAUUCAUCGACAAAAUCACCUGAUGAGUACUUGUCUUCAGAUGAUAGUGGACGUUUAUGUGAAGGAUUAGUUUCUUUUCCGUUCGAUGAAUGUAGGUUCCGCAGCGAACUUGCUACGGAGUUGCAGCCUCAUGUAAUCGAUCUGUUAGUUUCAAAAAUGAGGCAAUUUUCUUCCUACUUUGUACGCAUUCUGGGAAAAGAAAAUCAUCGCCGUAUUCCUGCUUGUCCAGAGUGCGAUAAAAUAUUUCCUUAUGGCCUUGGUGACUUCAAACGACAUUUGCUUACUGUACACCUGGAAGUCCCUAGAGAACACCUUAAAGAUUGUUUACGUUUCACUUUCCUCCCAAAAAGCGAAGAGAAGUUUCAGGAAGUUCAAGAGCAACUUGCUAUGCGUCAAAUGAAACCUCGUGUCCUCGAGGCUGGUCGGCGUCGUAUUCCUUUGCCUUAUUCAAUACGUAUCUUACGAAGGCUGAUUGCACAUCUUCCCCUCAUCACAAGAGACUUCUUGGAGCAAAAGAUGCAACUAUAUAGUCGCCUUUCAGUGAUAGUAGACACUCGUGCAGGAUUUCGACGUUAUAAAUGCAAUCAUUGCUCUUAUUCAUCACCGCAUGCUCUAGCUGACGUUAGGAAGCAUAUACUAGGAUCUCAUUGUGGUAUAUCAACCAAACAUUUUCGUCAUUGCCUUCAAGCCUCUCGUUUAGAUCCUGUAGAGUUUACCUUGUUCUCUGAUGAAAAGUUAGCUCGUCUUGCAAGAGAUUUUCUGCAUAGACGUGAGGUUUCAAGUAGCUUAAACAGUCCUGAUGCCUCCCCAAAUCCAGUUAACAGUGAUAAUCCCAGCGUGGUUGAGAACAAUUCUACGACAUCCCCAGCAACAUCUAAUAAUAAUAGUGGUUUAUCAUGUGAGCCUCAAGAUCCCUAUGUCUCUCACUUUACUGCUGUUGUGCCAGGUUCUAAAACUAAAGUGACUGUUAGAAUCCGACCUCCGAUUCCUCCUGAUUUUCGACCUCCUGAAUCGUUGACUACUGUCCCAUCAUCUACAAGUCACAUCAAUGGAAACUCGUCUUGCGAAAACCUAUCAUCUAUAUCUCCUGUUGAAUGCGAUGUAGAAAAUCAGACAUCUUCCUCCAAUUCGAAUACUGAUUUAGCCUCACUUCCAUCAAUACCAGGAAUAGAAGGUGCUGAUCGAGUUGUAGACCUAGCGUUACCGUUUUCUGAACCAGUUCUUCGUCAUUUGCUGGAGUCCUCGGGCGCAAUGGAGCAUCAUAUUGAAGAUAUAGUUGCUAAAAUGCGUGUGUACUCUACUUACAAAAUGAGUCGAAUAUGUCGAAAUGAUCGCACUAUAGCUUUUCGCUGUCCUUGUGGGCGUCUAUUUAUCACAACACGACAGCCGGAUAGCAAAAUACGUGCCGCAACAUUAGCAGAUAGCAGACGUCAUGUUAUGGGUGUUCAUGCACGCAUUCCAAAUGUAUUUAUCACAAUCUGUUGUCAAGCUUCUCGUAUUACAAGAGAGUAUGACUUCCAAAUAUAUCCAGAUGAUAUGCUUCUUCGACUCGCCAUGGACAGACCUAUUAAACUUACUAAUCUCCCACCUCCAGCAUCUGAUGCAAACGGGCGUUCAUCUUCCACUAAUUUUAUAAAACCACUUAAGGAGUUAGCUCCCUACCCACCUUUGUCUUCUAUGUCUUUACAACAGUCUAUGAAUACAAACUCGGUUUCGUCUUCACCCAAAACACUUACUUUGGAUAAUGGCGAAAUGGAUUCUGUGAGUGAAGGUACUGAUACUGGUGGAACAAACAGUUCAAUUUACCAUGAUGAUUCGUUUACAAAGUACGAAAACGACGAUGACAAGGAAAGCUCAGACAACGAUCCGAAAAGACUGCAAAAAGAACCCGAAGAUCCACUUGCGCAAUUAAAUGCUGUCCAAGCUUCUGGAGCAGAGGAAGUGGAGCGUAUAAUUGAUCUUCCAUAUUCAUCUGAAGCUUUGAAAACUUUGGUACAAGGUUACUGUCCACCGAACUAUUUUCCAAUACUUGAGGCUAAAAUGGGUGUCUACAGUUCGCUCAAAGUAUAUAUUACAAGGCGGCGUGGUAGGAGAUAUUUCUGCUGUUCUGGUUGUUCUUCAUCUUCACCUCAUGGGAUGGGUGAUAUUCGAAAGCACAUAUUGGGUGUGCAUGCUAAAGUACCAGAACGCUAUAAAGCUGCGGCUAUGCAUUGUAGCCGUCUCAGUCGGGAAGAUAACACUCUAUUGCCGAAUCACGUCUUACUUCACUUGGCUAAGAUGAAAUGGAAGGGAACUGUGAUCAAACCACUGUCAGAAAUGGAUCUAACUCAGUUUGGAUCACGCCGGGCAUCAGCUGUUGGUUUAUCUCGUCCACCGGGGCAGUUCGCAUCCCAGGUUUACCAACCUAUUGUUCACCGAGAGGUUGAAAAGCUGGUUAAUACCAACCGAGUUGAUCAUAUUCCUUCCAGUCCAAGUACAUAUCCAGUGGUCAAAAGUGUAUCUCAGAUUUCUACACAAGACUCUGGACUGCCCAAUGAAAAUGGUACUGCAAAUUCAAGUAAACCAAUCGAUCUAUCUGACAAUAAUGGAAUAGACUAUCAGGAUAAUGAAGUUGAUAAUGCUACAACAGAUAAUGAUGAAACUGAACUACCUAAAUUACCCACCAACAUAUUUGAUAAUGCUUUGAAUUUCCAGUUAAAUGAUAGUAUGUUUGAUUUGUCGAAACCGGCUAAAAUACCACGGCUUAAUGAUGAUACUGUUGUUGUCUAUCCAUUGCCAGUAAAUGGUAUCUCUGUGCAUCAAUCUCAUGCAAAUGAUUCUGCCUUACCGAAUGUUUUCCCCUCUGUUCCAGCAUCUAAUGAGACUAUAUUUGAAACACGCAGUAAACCUUCGAUUAUGCUUAGCGGAUCCAGUCGCCGUAAACCUAACAAAAUGCAAUUAGUUCAACUUAGACCUGAUCAUUAUUCUGAGCCGAACUUCACCUCCAUUCAUCCACUUAGUCCCAUAGAGAACUCGUUAGUUUCUGUGUCAAGUCAACAGCCUAAUGAUACAAAAUUGAUCAAUUCUCAAGUGAUGGAUUCUAACAGUAAUGGUAUUGUUGCGGCAGACUGUGAUCAUCAUCUCACUAAAGUUAAUCAUCCUUCUCUAAAUCGUAUUGGUGUCUAACCGUUAUUAUUACUUAAUCAUUGUUUUCUAUUUCAUAUUACUUUUAAUAUUUUGUUUGUAUUUUUCCUCUCUAAUAUGAAUGUAUGUGUGAAAAUCCUUCCUCGCAUAUGUGUAAAUAAGUGAUUUUGUUCCAUGAAUUUGAUACUGUUGAUUUGUUAUGCUCCGUUGUAAUUCCUUUUAAUGCUUCCUACUUUUAUAUUUAUAUUUGUUCAUUUGUUGUAUUCGCUGUGGGGUUAUUUGCACAGCUUUGGUUUCUUUCUUUUGUGCCGUUUUGCAUCUCUGACACUGUCAUGCAUCUGUCGUCAGUACAUAUAAUUAUCGUGUAUUAUAAUGGUGAUAUGGUGUCUUUUUCCUAAAUUCGUUCAUAUCAGUUCUACAACAGGACUUGGUUAUUUAGCAAUUAAUUAAUAAUUCAAAACACUAUGUCAAUUUGUCAAACAAUAAGUAUUGAUGGGUCUUCAACUUUGACAUUCUUUGCUUCACUCGUAUUAUUAUUAUUAUUUUGAAUCACCUACCUCCAUGGUGUUUUGUAUCUCAUCUGACAUGGUGAUGUAUUUAUGCGACUAAUCAAUAUCAUUUCAAAUCAAGUGCGGCUAAAGACAAGCAGAAAAGGAAUAAGCAUUUACACCUGUUACCAGUGACUGAUACCUGCCUAUCAUACUUGCAUGUUUUCUCUAUGUAUCCGUUUCUUUUGGUUCCUGCCGUAUGUAUAAUUUAUGACUUGAUGAAUAACAUUUCCUGUCUAAUAAUAUUGAUCUCAGUUGACUUAUUUUCUUUCGUAGCAUUUCUUUAUUAUAAUGUUUAUUCCUUCUAUAUAAUAUCUAUUAUUUGCUUGUAUUACAUAAUUGGUAUCUAUUAUUAUUAUUAUUAGUUUCUGUUUCUAAAGUCUAGUCGUUCAAGUGGAACUUAUCACUUCCAAAACUCCUGCCUUCCAUGCUGUCUUUAAUAUCGGCGUGAUGUUUGUAAAAUUCGUGUGUGUGUGUGUGUGUGUGUAUCUGUUUUUAUCAUCUUCAGUAUUCAAUUAAUUGUGUAAAAUAAUGUUGCCUCUUACACACUGUGUGCUCAUGAGGUGUGUGUUAAAUGAUAUAUUUUGUGAUUGUACAAUUUGAUUUAUGCAAAUUUAUGUAUGAAAUGUAUUCACACAUUAUUAACUUUUGAAUUGGUUUAUGUAAUUUUUAUUAUUGCUGCUACUGCUGAUAAUAUUAUUAAUAAUAAUAAUAAUAACAAUGGUUUUUUCAAUGCACAAUAAUUUGAAUUCCAUUUUUCUUCUGUAACAUUAUCUAGUUAUAUAUUUAAGGUGAUUUAUUUACUCGUUAUUAUUAUUAUUACUAUUAUUGUUGUUAUUUUAUUGCAUUUCUCGACUGAUAAUUUCUGAGUAUAUAUAUACGUCAGUUGUGUAAUACUGCUGCUGUCUCUGCUGCCUAAUUUUCAAGUGCAGCUGUGUUCUGUUCUGUUCUGUUGAGUUUUUCUCUUCUUCUUCUUCUUGUGAUCAGUUUAUAGUUUGUUUGUUAUUUGUUUUGUUUUUCGACUGAUAGGUUUUCUUUCUUUAUGUUUGCUUGCUUUUACAUUAACCACAAAGUUACUUAAAAUUAAUUUAUACAUACAUAUACAUUAUAUGUACAUAUUUUUAUGCCUCUAUGUUGAUAUGUAUUAACUCUACAUACGAAGUAGGUUCACUACCAACUACCUAUGUUAAAAGUUUUGUUUACUGUCUUUUUCUAUUCAGACUACUUGAAAUAUACAUAUAUAUCUUUAUUUAUAUACGUUAGUAUCAUUUUCAUUAUUUAUUUUAUAUUUUAUUUGCAUAUGUCUCUGUCUGAAUUCGUUCCGAAACCCAUUCUAUUGAUCAACAUCCAAGCCACUAAAUAGAUCC